GAGGAGUUAUUAUUUAAUGUUUCAUGAAAUGUUAAAUUCACACAUCGAGGAUUCACCAUUUACGCAUAAAAAUGAGUUCAUUGAGAGUAAUCUUUGCUUUUUCUGUGAGAUGUUUUGUGUUCUCACUUGUCGUGCAACUAAGAAUGAGAACACUAUGCACUGCUGCUGCUGCUGAUGGAAACAAGACUGAUCAUCUUUCCUUGCUAGACUUCAAGGCAAAGAUUAGGCAUGACCCUCAGUAUUCUUUGAAAUCCUGGAAUGAUUCUGUCCAUUUCUGCAACUGGGAUGGCGUCAUAUGCAGCAGCAAACAUAGAAGAGUCACCGUUCUUGAUCUUCAAUCUAAAGGCUUGGUGGGUUCGUUGUCUCCACACGUAGGAAACCUGAGUUUCCUUCGACAGCUUAUCCUUCAAAACAACACACUGCAGGGAGAAAUUCCACAAGAAAUUGGCCAUUUGUUUAGGCUACAAGUAUUACGUUUAGAGAACAACUCCUUUGAAGGUGAAAUUCCAUCCAACUUAUCACACUGCUCGAACCUCUUUUUCCUCAGGUUAGGUUACAACAAGCUAGUAGGAAAGAUUCCAGUUGAGCUUUCCACUUUAUCUAAUCUCAUACGACUCUCAAUUAUAGGGAAUUAUUUCAGCGGAGGCAUUCCACCUUCUCUAGGUAAUCUCAGCUCACUUGAAGUUUUUGCUGCUGAUGGAAAUCUCUUGGAUGGAACUAUUCCUGAAUCCUUUGGUAAACUCAAGUACUUAGCAUAUAUCGGCCUUCAUGGCAAUAAGCUCUCGGGUACUUUUCCUGCAUCCAUCUACAACCUUUCUUCCAUCAUUUUCUUGCUGGUGUCUGAUAAUUUGCUUCAUGGAAGUAUUCCAUCAAAUAUCGGUCUCCAACUACCUCAUCUUCAGGAAUUAGAAAUGUGGGGAAACCAUUUUAGUGGAUCCAUACCAGUUUCAUUAUCCAAUGCUUCAGAGCUUGUAUACGUCGACUUAGGAACAAACAAUUUCACAGGAAAAGUAUUAUCAGCUCAUUUUGGAGGCUUACGACACCUGUCUCAUUUAGCUUUGUAUCAAAAUAGUCUUGGUAGCAAUAAAGAUGAUGAUUUAGAUUUUAUCACUUCUUUGCUCAACUCCACCAGCUUUGUUUUUCUUGAUCUAUCCACCAAUCAGCUUGAGGGAGCGUUUCCGAAUUCUGUCGCCAAUUUAUCAUCACCACUUCAAUGGCUAUCACUUGGGCAAAACAGAAUACAUGGAAGGCUCCCUUCAUGGUUGAGUGGUCUUGUUAGCUUGUCUAGGUUGAGUAUACAAUUUAACCAAAUCACUGGCUCUAUUCCAUCAGAUAUGGGUAAGCUUCAAAAUCUAUAUUCAAUGUUUUUUGACCAUAAUAGAUUAACAGGAAUAAUUCCUUCAUCAAUUGGAAACUUAUCAUUCUUAAAUCUACUUCACUUGAAUGAUAAUAACUUACAUGGUACCAUCCCUUCUAGCCUUGGAAAUUGCCAUGAGUUAGUAUUCAUUGACCUUUCACAAAACAACCUCAAUGGCUCCAUAUCUGACCAACUUUUUGCUCUCCCUAGUAUGCUUGUUUCAAUAGAUCUAUCUCAAAACCAAUUGGUUGGAUCCAUCCCUUCAGAAGUUGGCAACUUAGUGAAUAUGAAUGAAUUGAUUGUAUCCAAAAACAAUCUAUCUGGCAAUAUUACUGAUGACCUUGGUCGUUGUAAUAGCCUUGAGUUUCUUCGUCUGGAUGACAACAAUUUCCAAGGUACCAUUCCCACAUCAUUUGAAGCCUUAAAAGGUCUGAGAGAGUUAGACCUGUCCAAGAAUAAUUUAUCAGGCGAAAUUCCAGAGUAUUUUGUGAAAUUUGCUCUGGAAUAUUUGAAUUUGUCCUAUAAUGAUUUCGAAGGCGAGGUUUCAAUGGAAGGUGUUUUUGCAAAUUCAAGUGUAAUAUCAUUAGAAGGUAACGACAAGCUUUGUGGGGGAAUAGAAGAACUCAAGCUGCCAACUUGCCGGGUAUCAAAGAAAAGCAAGUCUGAUCAUGUUAAAAUAAUUGCAAUCUCAAUAUCAUCUGUCUUUGCUGUGGCUCUGAUAUCAGCCUUCUUUUAUUGCUGGUUCCAACAUCCGAAAACUGAGGUAGUUUCUGACACCUUGGUACUGAAAUCAUUGGAGGAAGUUUCAUACAAGAGCAUUCUUAAGGCAACUAAUGGGUUCUCUGCUGAAAGUUUGAUUGGUGCGGGAAGCUUUGGUUCUGUCUACAAAGUAAUUCUUGAUGAGGACGGACCAGCUCUUGCAAUCAAAGUACUCAACCUCCAACACCGGGGGGCUUCAAAGAGUUUUAUGGCCGAAUGUGAAGCCUUGAAAAGCAUUCGCCAUCGAAAUCUUGUGAAGAUCAUAACUUCCUGCACAAGUAUUGAUUUUCAAGGAAAUGACUUUAAAGCACUUGUUUAUGAGUACAUGCCAAACGGAAACCUAGAAAACUGGUUACAUCUGGGUUCAGGUAUAGGGGUUGCUCCUUUUGAAACUAACAGUCUAAGCCUUCUGCAAAGAAUAGACAUUGCUAUUGAUAUUGGGAAUGCACUGGAUUAUCUCCACCAUCAGUGUGAAAGGCCUAUUAUUCAUUGCGAUCUAAAGCCAAGCAAUGUUCUUCUUGAUAUAGACAUGGUUGCUCAUAUCGGAGAUUUUGGUCUGGCAAAGUUUCUACCUCAACUAGCGAAUCCUGCUCAAAGUAGCUCAAUGGGGGUGAGAGGGACAAUUGGUUAUGCACCUCCAGAGUAUGGUCUAGGAAGUGAGGUCUCGACGAGUGGAGAUGUUUACAGCUAUGGGAUCUUACUUCUGGAGAUGAUGACAGGAAAGAAACCCACAGACGACAACUUUACAGGAAACCAUAACCUUCAUAGCAUUUGCAGAAUGGCAUUACCUGAUGAAGUGUCGGAGAUUGUAGAUCCAAUUCUGCUACAAGGAGAUGAAACGAAUAAUAAUCAAGGGUCAAUGGAACCAAAAGCUGCAGAUAGCAAAGUCAAAUGCUUAAUUUCCAUGAUCAAAGUUGGGAUAGCAUGUUCCAUGGAGUCUCCUCAAGAUAGAAUGGACAUAAGUAAUGCACUCACUAAUUUACACUACAUAAAAAGUAAUUACAUCCGAACCAGAGAGGGUUUAUGAAGUUCGAAGAACACUGGAAGUGGAUCAUUAAAACCAUAUUUUCAUGGUUUUUACUCCACGGGCUUGUAUUAAACAUUUGCAAGUAUGACAUAUAUAUGUUCAGCUUGGAUGUAGUGUGAGCUCUCUAAUAUAGAAAAAUAUGCUGUGUGUAUAAUUAACAGAAUUUGUACCUUACUUCAAUAUAUAAUUAUGAGGAAAACGACUAAAACUAAGUGGCCCAGUUCCAUUGGCAUGAUUUGAUCGCAAGUGCAAGAGGCUCCAGAAGAUUAAGAUCCUCGAGGAAUUAUCACCACUCAUGACUGUAUAUGCAAUAUCAUGCUUGGUGAUAGUUGUUAAUUAAUAUCUCUUUUUUUGCUAUUAUAAACCUUGUUGGAUUUAGAUUCA